AGAUCUGUCCUACAACAUGAUCCAGGCUCUGCCCAGCUUCAGACGAUGUGAGAAGAUUCAGAAAAUUGAUCUGCACCACAAUGAAAUUGAAGAGCUGCAAGCUGACACAUUCCAGGGACUGACUUCCCUACGGUCUCUUGACCUGGCUUGGAACAAACUGUCCUCUCUGAACCCGCUCUCCUUCUCCAGUCUGCCUGCCCUCAUCAAACUUGAUCUUACUUCCAACCAGUUGUCCUACCUGCCUGUAUCUGGGCUCCAUGGACUCACACACCUCAAACUAGCUGGCAACGAGGACCUGCAGGAGCUACUGCCUGCUGAGAGCCUCCCCAAACUGAGGGUGAUGGAGCUGCCCUAUGCCUUCCAGUGCUGUGCCUUCGUCUCCUGUGAGAAACACUCCUCUCCCUGGGACAGAGACAAUAACCACAAUGGGAAGGACGACUUCGGGAGGAGGGAGGGCAUCUUGUCUAACCAAGACCACGAGGACUUUCUGUUGGACUUUGAUGAUGAGCCCAAAUCCCACCACACUGUCCAGUGUUCCCCAUCACCUGGUCCGUUCCGUCCUUGCCACCACCUGUUUGGCAGCUGGUUGAUCCGUGUUGGUGUGUGGGUCAUUGCUACUCUCUCCCUGGUCUGCAACACACUGGUGAUGGUCUCCAUCUUUCUCUCCCCGUCCUUCCUGUCCCCUGUGAAGCUGCUGAUUGGCCUGCUGGCUCUGGUAAACAGUCUGAUGGGGCUGUGGUCUGCCACGCUGGCCACCGUCGAUGCCUUGACCUUCGGCAGCUUCGGCCGCUACGGGGCGCGUUGGGAGAGCAGCACGGGCUGCAAGCUGACCGGCUUCGUCUCCAUCUUCGCUUCUGAGACCAGUAUCUUCUUACUGACUGUGGCCGCCCUGGAGAGGGGGCUGUCGAUACGGAGAGGCAAGGCCGCCGAGGGGAAGAGUUCGACGGGCACGCUGAGGCUGGUGGCCGCCUUGUGUUUCCUUCUGGGCCUGGCUAUCACCCUGCUCCCCCUGCUGGGGGACUACGGAGUCUCCUCCAUCUGUCUCCCCAUGCCCUACGAAGAGCCCUCCUCUCUGGGCUUCAUGGUGGCUCUAGUCCUGGUCAACUCCCUAUGUUAUCUCAUCAUGACCGUCACAUACGCCCGCCUCUACUGCAGCCUGGAGAAAGGAGAGCCGGACAACCUGUGGGACUGCUCCAUGAUCCGUCACGUGGCCUGGCUGCUGUUCACCAACUGUCUCCUCUACUUCCCUGUAGCCUUCCUCUCCUUCUCCUCCCUGCUGAAACUGCCCUCAGUAGGGCCUGAGGUGGUGAAGUCAGUGCUUCUAGUGGUGGUUCCUCUCCCAGCCUGCCUCAACCCUCUACUCUACGUCCUCUUCAACCCUCACUUCAGAGAGGACCUGGGCCUGCUCCACAGAAGGACUCGCGGCGCCCUGCGCCUCAGCAGACCCCGCCGACUCAGCCUCGUCUCGCUCAACUCGGAGGACGCAGAGAAACAGUCAUGUGACUCCACGCAGGCCCUGGUCACCUUCGGGGUGUCAGAGGAGGAGGAGGAGUCUAGGGGGGCGGGGCAGCAACCCAGCGCCGAGGCACACCACCCUCCGAUUGCCUUCAUCCCCUGUCGCUAGGCAGACUAGCGUUCAGGCUACACUGCUUUUACUCCCAGGGCUGCAGGGCUCUGGGUUCUACCCCUAGUACCCCAUGCCCUAGAUCAACCCCCUACACACAGACAAAGACUGUGUUAGAGCAGUACAUGUAGCCAGAGAGGAAGGAUGAAGAAACAAGGCCACUGCUACAUGGACAGGAACAGGACACAAAAUGGCCGCCAUGGCUCUCCUCUGAAUCAGAACUCUAAUAUAGAGCUAGAUAGACUCCCAUUGUCCUGGUUUUCAUGUCUCUCUAUCUGUCUGAAUCAGAACUAAUAUAGAGCUAGAUAGACUCCCAUUGUCCUGGUAUUCAUGUCUCUCUAUCUGUCUGAAUCAGAACUCUAAUAUAGAGCUAGAUAGACUCCCAUUGUCCUGGUAUUCAUAUCUCUGUAUCUGUCUGAAUCAGAACUCUGAUAUAGAGCUAGAUAGACUCCCAUUGUCCUGGUAUUCAUGUCUUUCUGUCUGUCUGAAUCAGAACUCUAAUAUAGGGCUAGAUAGACUCCCAUUGUCCUGGUAUUCAUAUCUCUGUAUCUGUCUGAAUCAGAACUCUAAUAUAGAGCUAGAUAGACUCCCAUUGUCCUGGUAUUCAUGUCUUUCUGUCUGUCUGAAUCAGAACUCUGAUAUAGAGCUAGAUAGACUCCCAUUGUCCUGGUAUUCAUGUCUCUCUAUCUGUCUGAAUCAGAACUCUAAUAUAGAGCUAGAUAGACUCCCAUUGUCCUGGUAUUCAUGUCUCUCUAUCUGUCUGAAUCAGAACUCUAAUAUAGAGCUAGAUAGACUCCCAUUGUCCUGGUAUUCAUGUCUCUGUAUCUGUCUGAAUCAGAACUCUGAUAUAGAGCUAGAUAGACUCCCAUUGUCCUGGUAUUCAUAUCUCUCUAUCUAUCUGUCUGUACAGUACCAGCUAUGUGUAAAUCCCAGCCUGGCAGCUUGAUGCCGGACAGAAGCACAACUGAUUAUGUUAUAUACACAGUUAUGAACAGUUUUCGAUCAUCAUAUGUACACCAACACCGUGGCCAUUCUCUCUUUUAAUGAAGGUACUUGACUCUAUAAUAUGUAGGUCAGGACGAGGAGGAAGAGGAGGAGGAAGAGGAAAUUCCACACUGCAUCUCUAUGCUUUCAUUUUUUAUUUCCGAUAGAUCCCCAAGAUAAAACACAUCAUCUGAGUAUAAACAUCCUCUCUGACAGUUAUAUAAUUACCAGCAGAGUUUGUGAGAACAAUUCGUAAGGUGUGUG